AUGAAGCUGUUAGCUGCAUUUUCACUACUCAUAAUGGUCUUUAAUUUUAGAAUUCCAUAAUUUGAUUCUGGAAAUGCUGUGGGUGUUUCACAUUCUCAAGGUCAUAUUUUAGAAACCCAAUCAUAUGUUCCAAGAUAGGUUGUAGUCUAUGUGCAAUUUUCAGCAGCUUUUGAAACUGUUCCUUAAGUUUUUAUUUCAUAAAAUAAAGUGGAUAGCUAUGAAGGAUCAAUUGGAUUUAAUUAAAGAGUUGGUUUGAUUACUCAAAAGGGGUUUCUAGUGCAUUCAAUUGCUUUAACUUCAUAAUCUCUAAUCUAGUUAUAUUUUUAUUGGAUUGCUAUGUGCGAUGAUAGAGUUUAAGUAAUUAAUUUCAACACAUAUGAUGUCAAAUAAUUAAGAACUAUAACAGGCUAAAGGGAAGUUCUAUUUUAAAUAGAUCAUAACUUUUAAGAGGCUACACGUGGUCUAAUAUCAUUAAAUGGUGUUAAAUUUUUCUAUCUAACUUAUCUAGUAAUUGAACUCAAGGUAAAUUUAUUGAAUUUAUCUUUUAGAUUGUAGAAAUUACCUCAUAAAAAAUAACAAUUUCUGGGGCAUCUUAUGCGCAAUCAUUAGUAGAUUAUAUAAGUUUUAGUGUUCUUCUUGGUACUGAUAAAUCAUUAUGGACUUCAUCUCUUUAUACUGUUAUAAAUCUUCCAGCAGAUUAUUUCCCAAAUAUUUAAAUUGACUUUCCAAGUGAUUAUUCCAGCUAUACACUAACUCCUCUUGCCACAUGGAGAGGCUAUAGCACUGACAAUAGAUAUAAUUUAAGAAUAUGGUUAAUGAAUGUUGCUUUGAAUACUAAAAUAACAUAUACAUUUUGGGCAUGUAUAAAAUUUAUAUCAAUUUAGGGGGGGAUUCAGUAGUUUAUGCUAUAUUCCAUUCGGCAGGUCUUUAUGUUUUUGAUACUAAUCAUAAAAUAUUUGAUGAAAAUUGUUUGGAGCUCUUCUCUGAAUGUGAUUUCUAAGGAGAAUCUAUAUUAGUUUGCCAAAAAAUUCCUAAUUUAUCAAUAAAAGGAUGGUCUAAAAUUGUCAAAUCUCUAACUAUCCCAAAAUAGAAAACAGUCAAUCUGUUUACUAAGGAAAAUUAUUAAGGUGAAAAAGAUAUUUUUACUGAAAACUAGUAAUGUAUGGCAUCUACUGUGUUAUCAAUAAACUUUCAACCUUUAAUUUCUUAUAUUAGAAUCCUUUAUUUAAACAAUUAUAAUUGUCCAACUGUUAAAUUUUACAGUUAAUGUAAUUUUUAAGGGACAUUAUUUUAAAUAACUAAAGGAUAAAUAGUAAAAUAAUCAAAUAAGAUUCCAUUUGAAAUUAAAUCUAUUAAUAUUUGUUCAAAUGUUGUAGUGCAUCUCAAGAACCCGAACUAUUUUGAAUCAAAACCACAAGAAUUUACUACUUCAUAAUCUUGCAUAACUAGCUAUAAAGUAUAUACAUAAUUAGAUUUCAUUAGUUUCCUAAAUAUGUAUAACCAACAUGA